AGGUUCUGCCUGACCACCGAACCUUGGAUUCCACACCCUCCUUUGGACAGCUGAUCCUGUCUUCCGGGACCACUCUUGGACAAAAAAAGGGAGUGGGGGGGGCUGGACUGGAGGGGGGGCUGCAAAACAGAAUGAAGCACUUGCUGCUGCUGGCUUUGAUUCCAUUUGCUCGAGGUCUUUCUUGCACACGAGAUCCCUGCAAGAAUGGCGGAAGCUGUUUAAGCAAUUCCAGUGGAACCUUCUCCUGCCUGUGCCUUCCUGGCUACUUGGGAGACCUGUGCCAGUUUACGGACCCAUGUACCCCUGGGCGGUGCCAGAACAGGGGCACCUGCUCCCUCAAGAUCCUUCAAGCCUCCAGCCCCCCUGCCUACACUUGUGUGUGCCCUCCUGGUUUCACUGGGGAGGAGUGCCAGGGGAUGAUUGGAGAUCCAUGCUUCCCUUUACCCUGCCAACACGGAGGCAGUUGCCAGCCGCUCUCUGGAAACCACUACCGCUGCCAGUGCACAACUGGAUGGACAGGAAAGAAUUGCCAACUUCGAGACUUCUGUCAAGCUCAUCCCUGUGCCAACGGAGGAACCUGCCUCAACACCUACCCAUACAUCGUCUGCCAGUGCCGGGAAGGGUUUGAGGGACAUACUUGCCAACAUGAUAUCAAUGAAUGCUUCAGGAAUCCUGGUCCCUGCCUGAAUGGAGGCCAUUGUAUCAAUAACAUCGGCUCCUUCCACUGCAUCUGCCCAGCCAGCUCCACCGGUCCACUCUGCCAGUACCGUCUGGGGCCCUGUUCUUCGGAGGCCUGCUUCCAUGGGAGCACCUGCCACCAAAUCGAUGAAAGAUACCAUGGAUGCCUGUGUCCCCCAGGUUACACAGGGCAGUACUGCGAGGUGAACCCGGAUGAUUGUAUCCAGCAUCAGUGUCACAAUGGGGGCACCUGUGAGGAUGGUGUGGGGUCAUAUUCCUGCCACUGCCCCCCAGGGUGGACAGGCUGGGAUUGCUCUGGUGACAUUGACGAGUGCCAGUUACAGUUGUGUCAGAACGGGGGAACCUGCCACAACACGCCUGGGGGCUUCCACUGUAUCUGCAGCAAUGGCUGGGCUGGCGAAACCUGCACUCAUAAUGUGGACGACUGCCUCUUGGCUGCCUGCUAUGCCGGAUCUACCUGCGUCGACCGUGUGGGAUCAUUCUUGUGUAAAUGCCCACCUGGGCGUACAGGACUUCUUUGCCACCUGCAUGAUGCCUGUCUCAGCAGCCCAUGCCAUCCUGAUGCCCACUGUGACACUGACCUCCGGACUGGCCAUGCCAUCUGCGUAUGCCAGCAGGGUUAUGCUGGACCCAUGUGCUACGAGGACAUCGAUGAGUGCCAGAUGGGGGCAAAUCCUUGCGAACAUGGCGGCAGCUGCCACAACACGCCUGGCUCCUUUGCCUGCCGCUGCCUCAACGGUUACACGGGUUCGCGCUGCGAAUCGGACCUCAACGAAUGUCUCAGCCAGCCUUGCCAUAAUGGAGCCUCCUGCCUGGACCUGCUGGACAAGUUCCAAUGUCUCUGUCCCUUGGGUUUUGAGGGACCUCAAUGCCAGCAGGAGGUGGACGGUUGUGCAAGCUCCCCCUGCAGGAAUGGGGGCCAGUGCCAGAAUUCUGCAGGGGUCUUCCGUUGUGUCUGUCCCCAAGGUUUCGAGGGAUUCCAGUGUGAAAGAGACACAGACCGAUGCCAGAGUGCCCCCUGUGGGCAUGGAAGCUGCACGAACACACCAGGCUCCUUCGUGUGUACUUGCUUUCCAGGCUACACGGGACCCCACUGCUCAGAGCUUGAUGAUCCCUGCCACAAAUGGCAGUGCCUCAACGGGGGUAGUUGUCAAGGGACUGAAUCUGGGCCACAGUGUAUCUGUCUGGUGGGUUGGACUGGCCAAGACUGUGGUGCGGAGGUAGUUCCCUGUGAUCCCAACCCCUGCCACCAGGGGGCCACGUGUCAGAGCCACCGAGGUGCCUUCCACUGCAUCUGCCCCAGCGGCUACGUAGGUGCAACAUGCCAAGAAGAUGUGGACGAAUGCAGUUUGAGCCCCUGCCUCAAUUCUGGAUCGUGCCUCAAUAGCCCAGGAAAUUUCCACUGCAUCUGCCUGGAAGGAUACACGGGACCAAAAUGUCAGAUAACCCUUGACCUUUGUUCACCUAACCCCUGUGGAAAUGGAGGCAAUUGCAUAGUGAAGGAAUCUGCCACAAUUUGCCUCUGCCCUCUUGGCUGGGAAGGCUCUCAUUGUGAACAGAAGAUGACUCCAAAGGGAGACCAUUGCCCAGAUCAAUCGGGAGGGACUGAUUGUCAGUGCCUACCUGGAAAGAAAUGCCCAAAUGGAAGAGUCUGUACUGAGACACCCAACGGAUACCUCUGCCUCUGCCCCCCAGGGACCAAAGGUAUCAACUGUGAUUUGGACCCCUGUUCCCUUCCUACUUCCCAAUGCUAUCAUGGGGGGACCUGCUUGGCUAAGCCUGAAGGAGUUUCAUGCCUCUGCCCCCCUGGAUAUGUUGGUGAACAGUGCCAGGGGGUGGUGGACCCUUGCUUCUCCCAGCCUUGCCACCCAUCUGGUGCCCACAGCUGCCAAUCCCAUGCCCAUGGCUUCCAGUGUUUGUGCCUGCCAGGAUAUACAGGGAUUUUGUGUGAGUCUGCGACUGACAGCUGUCAACCAAACCCAUGUCUCAAUGGUGGAAGCUGUCAUGUGGUGCCCAAUGCACCUCUGGAAUUCGCCUGCCACUGUCCCCAGGGUUACGAUGGAGCCACCUGUGACCAGCAUGCUCCUCCGUGUGGAUUCUUCUAUUGCCAUAAUGGAGGGGUGUGCAUUUCCCAUCCAACUGGACUCCGCUGCCUCUGCUUGGGAGGGUUCUCUGGACAGGACUGCCGCCUUCCCCCGUGCUCUUCUGGCUCCUGCCCUUCGACCAACACUAGCAUUGAGUGCCAGCAGGUGGCAGGAGACGGACACUGUGAUCGAGCCUGCAGCUCCCCUGAAACAAAUUGGGAUGGGGGUGACUGUUCCCUGGGGGUGCCAGAUCCCUGGGGCAGCUGUCCCAAGCGGCGGCAGUGCCAGACGGCUUUCCGGGAUGGACAGUGCCACCAUCAUUGCGAUAAUGAGGAUUGCCUAUACGAUGGAUAUGACUGCACCCAGCAGAUGCAGUGCAACCCUCUGUAUGAGCGAUAUUGCUGGGACCACUUCUCUGACGGCUACUGCGAUGGAGGCUGUGACACAGCCCUUUGCGGCUGGGAUGGGGGAGAUUGCUGGUCUGCCUCCACGGACGGCUCAGUGUUGGGCCUGGUCAUCCUACUGCCCCAAGAAGGGCUGCCCCAGUUCCUGCGUUCCCUGGCUGUUGCUCUGCGUGGGGCGCUACAGAUUCAACGGGACCCUCAGGGCAGAGAGAGAAUUUACCCUUACACAGGGAAAGAAGAGCUGGGAAGCAAGAGCAAUUGGACAGGAGCUGAGGACAAAGCUACUGCAGAGACCAUCGGGUUUACAGUUUUCCUGGCCGUGGAUGGUAAUCGAUGCUCAGGGCUGUGCCCCACAUCCCCCAAAUCUGCACUGAAUUUCCUGGGGGCCUUAGCAGCCAAAGAGACCCUCGAAUCCCUUGUCCCGUACACUGUGGUAGCUGCCUGGAUUGAGUCUGCAAAAAAUGAUCCUCAAGCUUCAGUGUCCCAUUUUCCUGGCCCUCUUGUUUACUGUGUGGUGGCCGGAGUGGUGGCAGUCGCACUGGGCAUCUUUUUGGGGGUGUGGAGGAUCCGCCGGCCCCAACGGCGUGAACAUGGCUUGCUCUGGCUCCCACCUGGAUUUGCCCCACGGCAGGGCAAGAAACGGCGAUGCCGGAAAGAACCCGUGGGUGAAGAUGCAAUUGGACUGAAGCCAAGGAAGUCGGGUAGUGAAUUUAUAGAGGAAUCCGAUAUGUGUUCAAGCCCCCACUUCGAUGGACCGCUGAAUCCCCAGGAUAUCAAGGAUGAACCUGAUUCCAUUUCAGACCCAAACCAAGGCCAGUCUAGGACAAAGAAGCAAGUGCGGUCAAACGUGCUGACCUCAGUCCCGGAAAAGGAGACCAAGCUGAAGGCUGUCAAAACUCAAGGUUCUGUUUGUGGCCUGACACCGUUGAUGCCUUUGGCCCACCCUCCUGUAUCAGCAGUGGAGGACUUGAGGGUAGACAGACAAGAGGAAAGCUUUGGAGAGACGCCCCUUCACCUAGCAGCCCGAUACUCCCGCGCUGAUGCUGCCCGAAGACUUCUGGCAUCUGGAGCGAAUGCCAACACCCGCGACCAGUGGGGACGGACUCCCUUGCACAGUGCCAUAGCAGCAGAUGCCCUGGGAGUAUUCCAGAUCCUUCUCCAACACAGACAGACAGACUUGGAUGCCUCGGCACAUGACGGCUCCACCCCGCUAAUCCUGGCCACACGACUCGGGGUCGAAAAUAUGGUAGAGGAGCUGAUAGCCAAUCGUGUAGAUAUUGAGGCCACGGACAAGAGAGGAAAGAGCGCCCUCCACUGGGCCGCAGCUGUCAACAACGAGCGUGCUGCCUUUGUCCUGCUCCGAAAUGGAGCCAAUAAGGACGCCCAGGACAAUCGGGCACAGACGCCGCUCUUCCUAGCUGCCCAAGAGGGGAGCUACAAAGUGGCUUGCUGCCUUCUACAACACGGUGCCAGGCAGAACAUCCCAGACCACGUGGGCCGCCUUGCAAAAGACGUGGCCCUGGAGCGCCUCCACCACGAUAUCGUGUCCCUCUUGGACCCUCCCCGUCCCUCUCUUACAACUGGCCAGCUCCUAUCCUGCAGGCCGCGGCCACACCACCAUCGUUCUGCUACCAACCCACGCAAAUUAUCGUGGCAGGCCAGUAACCCACGGCUUCCUCCUGUGCCAGAGACUGAAAUCCCUCUUCAGGAUCUUCCUCCUUGCACGCUGCCUACUAGCUUAUCAGAAAAGGCUGUGGGGCUGCCUUCUGAGUGACUCCAACCCCAUCUGAGUGUGGCUUGGACAGGUGUGGGGGGCUGUGGGGGCACAGUGGCAGCAGACUGAGCCAAGAUGUGACACUCCCCUGCGAGGUCAUGCAGAGAAGGAGAGAUCACAGGAAGAUGUCACAAAACAGGCCAUUUGGAGCGGAGGGGAGGCGCUCCAGUGCCCAGCAUGAAAGAAUCACGAGUAUGACAUCAGAGGAAUGUCGGAGAAGAGAUCUGAUGUCAUACAUAUCACAUGGCAGGAAGCUGACUUUGGCCAUGAAAGACGAUGUCUCUCCAGACCUGAAGCAUGCAAACAAGAGCACGCCCCACGUCUUGCUAUAGAGAGUAGGGGUCCCCAAUCUUUUUGAGUCCACAGGCACCUUUGGAAUCCUUACACAGAGUGGUGGGAACAACUACAAAAUGGCUGCCACAAAAUGGCUGCUGCGGGAGGCAAAGCCUGCCAUACAAUGGCUGAUGCAGAUUACCUUUAGUCAUACAGCGAAGAUCCUUGUUUUGAGGUGGCAGGGACUUCUGAAGCAGUAUUUUUAAAAAUCUGCACAGCCAAUAAAAUCUCCAGUGGCCAAUAAGAAAUGUUGCUGGGCAAAAUGACCCACCUGGCCUCACCCAUUUUCUAAAAACACUCAGUCAGCACCGGUAAAGAUAUCAGCAGGCACCAUAGCUCCCAUGGUCCUCACAUUGGGAUCCCUUACUAAAGACAGCCUGAGAGGGUGGAUCUCAGUGGCUCAUUCCAUCCUCUCCCCCCGUUUUUGAGUUGCAACUCCUCCUACACUACUUUUGUCCACCCUUUGUUUUUGCACUGACUGCUUUACCAGACUAAACUUGAGAUGGACUAGGAGCAGCUGCAAGUUGGAAUCCGCCAUCUCUGAGUCUGCUAGCUCUGAGGGCUCAACUGCACAUUAUAAAACCCCUACGUCCUCUUGAACCGUGUGCUUGAGAUGUUCCUCUGUCCCUGUCUUGUCUACCUGCCUUUCUUGUACUCCAGUUGCCUUA